AAAGCCACUAGAGGAAGAACAUUCAGCCUAUCCAGGUGAAAGAUACAAAGACAGAGAAAAAGAAGCAAAAGACAAUGUUGGGACUACGGGCAAUUUUGAUCGCCCUGCUGGCAUGCCUCCUAAUUCUGCGUUUUCUGAAGCAGCUGUUGUCACGGAGGACCUACCCUCCUGGACCUCUCCGGCUGCCCAUCAUUGGAAGCAUUUGGCGGUUAGGCUUCAAGCCUUCCAAAGAUCUCCUCAUUGAGCUGGCAAAGCAAUAUGGAAACAUUUACACUGUAUGGGUAGGACCUGUACCUAUCAUUGUACUGUCUGGAUUUGAGGCAGUGAAGGAAGGGCUAAUCAACCAUUCUGAAGACUUUGCUGACCGGCCGUUGACCCCUUACCUGACUGCUAUAGCAAAAGGCCGAGGUAUGAUAUUGUCAAAUGGCCACACCUGGAAGCAGCAGAGGAAAUGUGGCAUAGUUGCCAUGCGGAAGCUGGGACUGGGGAAUAAAGGCCUGGAGCACCAAAUACAACAGGAGGCCCAACAGCUUAUUGAGACUUUUGCAUCUUCAAAGGGGCAGCCCUUUGACCCUUCAAUUCCCAUCACUAUUUCUGUCUCCAAUAUGAUCUGUGAUGCGACUUUUGGACACAGUUUUUCUGUUGAAGAUAAAGAAUUUCUCAAGUUGAUGGAAGCCAUUGACUACAUGUUACAAUUUACAGGUAGCAUCGGUCAUGGUCUGUAUGAAGUUUUCCCGUGGCUCAUGGAACGCCUCCCGGGGCCUCAGAAAAAGGUGCUUUUGAGCAUAGAGGCUGUGCAUUCAUUUGCAAAGAAGGAGAUAGAAAAGCAUAAAGAGCAUCAGGCUGCACACGAGCCACAAGAUUUCAUUGAUUUCUACCUAUGUCAGAUGAAGAAAAGCAAGAAUGACCCUAACUCGACAUACAGUGAAGACAAUCUGACUCAGUGUAUUUUUGACCUCUUCAUCGCAGGAACAGCAACAAUAUCCUUCACGUUGCAGUGGGCGCUGCUCUUCAUGGCAAAUCACCCAGACAUCCAAGAGAAAGUCCACAAGGAGAUGGAAGAGGUUUUGGGUUCUUCUCAGUCAUUCACCUAUCAAGAUCGGAAGAGGCUGCCCUACACCAAUGCUGUGGUUCAUGAGAUCCAGCGUUCCCAAUAUAUCUUAUUAUUUGGGCUCCCCAGACAAACUACAAAGGAUGUGAACAUGAUGGGUUUUGUCAUUCCAAAGGAGACCAUUGUUCUUCCAGAUCUACGAUCUGUUCUUCUUGAUCCCAAGCAAUGGGAGACACCUGAGGCAUUCAACCCAAAUCAUUUUUUGGACAAGGAUGGAAGUUUUCUGGAAAAGGAAGCUUUUCUUCCAUUCGGUACAGGGGCUCGUGUGUGCCUGGGACAACAAAUGGCAAAGAAUGAGCUUUUCAUCUUCUUCAUCAACCUGCUGAAUUCGUUCACCUUCCAGCUGCCAGAAGGAGUAAAGCAGCUCAAUGAAGAACCUAUACUUGGGGCAACAUUGCCCCCCCAACCUUAUAAGCUCUGUGCUGUUCCCCGCUGCAGUACAUCAUAAACUAUACAAAUUGGAGUGUCCAUUUGUUACUGUCAAUUUCUUCUUCAUUCGUUUCACAUCAUCCUAACCCUGCUCUCACUUUCUCAGUCCAUUCUUUCCUUGGUUAUUCUGUCAGAGUUUGACUGAUGCCUCCUCAAGAUGGAAUUCUGGCCGAUCUGCGAUGCUGCUGGUUGCUAAACUUGUACAAUUGCCUGACAAAACGGUCUUCUUUGUAGUUUGAGGUCUUCAAAUAAAUACUCAAUACGGAAUUCUGGCAAUAUAUAAA